AUGGGCGGCCCAGUUCCAGUGUGGUUCAUUACAGCAGCAUCAAGUGGCUUCGGCAGAGCCCUGGCCCUUGAAGCCCUAUCACGUGGUCACAAAGUCAUUACCAGCGCUCGAAGCCUCCCUCGCAUUGCAGAUCUCAAAGACGCAGGCGCCGAUACCGUGGUCCUAGACGUCACUUCUCCAUUGACGGACCUUGAAGGAGUGGCCAAAAAAGUCUAUGACAAAUAUGGAUACAUCAACCAUCUCGUCAAUGUCGCAGGCUAUGUGCUUGUGGGCGCUGUCGAGGAGACAUCUCCAGAGGAAGACCUGAAAGCCUUCACAACAAACGUUCUCGGCACCCUGAACGUCGCCAAAGCUUUUCUACCCUAUCUGCGCGCCACGUCUGGUCAUCGCACUAUCGCAAACUUCGGGUCAGUAACAUCUUGGUACAGUGGUGCAGGCCACGGUAUAUACUCAGCAACCAAAUGGGCUGUAUCAGGUGUUACAGAAGGCAUGCGUGCGGAGCUCGCACCCUUGGGUAUCUUCGUCACUGUUGUUGAGCCGGGUUGGUAUCGUACUGCUAUUCUUUCAAAGGACGUGCAGGCGCAAAGCGAAAAGCGCAUCGAUGCGUAUGAGAAUGGCGAGAUCGGAGAACUGAGAAAGGCUCUGGCAGAGGCAGAUGGUAAACAGGUAGGAGAUACAGCAAAAGCAUGUAGGGUCAUCGUCGAUGUAUUGACGAUGAGUGGAUGUGCGGCAGGAAAGCAGAUACCGAUCAGACUAGUUCUAGGGAAAGAUGCGCAUGAUGUGAUUCGAGAGAAGUGUGAGGGUACAUUGAGGUUGUUGAAGGAGUGGGAGGGCGCUGCUACCAACACGGACUACGAUUAA